GGAGAUGAGUCUGAGUGGCAAAGUAUUGUAUAUAAACCUGAUGGACCCGUACGGUACUACCACGAUACUAUUCGGAACAUGAGCAAGCUGACCCCACAGCUGUCGCUUCUUAGUAAUUUAAGCGCUCUGUCGGCAUCAACCACAAGAGAGGAAGAGAACACUGCGUUUGUCACUGAGCAGUUUCUCCCCCGCAAGCAAGACGCCGUGUUUGGUGAUCCAUUUGUGUUCCAAACGUCAGCAACCAAUCAACAUAUCCGGGCGAGGUUGAUCUUGCUCUCACCAUCAUUCCCAUCUGAUACUGCUCCGUUGGCCAAAUCGGUAGCAUAUCUUUCUAGUCGUUUUGGAUCCAUCAAGGCCGAAGUUUUUCGUACACAUGGCGCAGAGAACCACUUCUUUCGCCUCCAUAUUUUCGCAUGCUCAGCCGGUGUGAAAAUCACAUUACCCCCCGCUUUCCGGGGCAUCGUCUCUAUCAACGACUACGAGGGCCUACGUCGUCGGAGGCAGAUUCGUUGUGGUCGAACUUUCAACGAGCGAAUGCGCCGGGGAUUUAUCAGGCUUGGUUCGUGUGCGCUUGAAAAUGAUGAUGAAAUUUUCAUUCAUGCCGAGGGAAAGAUCGAGUUAAUGCUGAGAACGGAGUGUGAUGUCAAUGAUAGGGUUUGGACUCGGAUGGAUCGUGGCAUGCGGAAGAUUUGGGAACGGCGGCUGGGCUCUGGACUGAGCUCUGGGCACUGCAGGUAGAUGUAUUGGUAGUGAAUGUUUAGCGCUGUGUCCGAUAUGUCCAACAUGAAACAUCAUGGUAGAUCUAGCAAGUGAUGGGCCACGUGUUCCCGAAGGGCGAGGCACGCGGACAACAUUGUCGAACCGAAGUGGGAAGAAUUGUUCUCGCCUUCGGGUGGCCAAGCUAAGAAUCAAGAUUUCAAGCGCGCUUUUUGU